CAUAUUUCGCCUCUUCCUCGUCGACGCUUCCCUCAUCCUCAUUCCGAUUCAUUUCCUUUUCUUCUUCUCUCUCCUCUCCUACUGCCAUCACAUCUUCAGGCAAGAUGAUGUCCCUUUCACGAACCAUGGCUCCUCGAGCUCUAAGAGCUACAACAACAGUCCCCUUCUCAGUCCUCCGCGCCGCACCCGCAUCCGCUGCUUCCAUAUCCUCAUCCUCCAAGAAAUCUGCCACCUCGAUCACGCCCGUGUCCAGUUCUAGCGAUCCUUCACGGCUCCCGGUGACAGGCGGCCUGCGCCGCGAAGUGCCUUUGCCCUCGCAAGAGAAGAAACAAGGAGCGAUGCAAUACGCUCUCACGACACUCGACCAAAUUGCCAACUGGGCCCGGCAAGGGUCUCUCUGGCCACUGACCUUCGGCCUCGCCUGCUGCGCUGUAGAGAUGAUGCAUCUUUCCACACCGCGUUACGACCAGGACAGAUUGGGCAUUAUUUUCCGAGCGUCCCCACGACAGAGCGAUGUCAUGAUUGUAGCCGGCACGCUGACCAACAAGAUGGCUCCUGCGCUGAGACAGGUGUACGACCAGAUGCCUGAACCGAGAUGGGUGAUCAGCAUGGGCAGCUGCGCGAAUGGCGGCGGCUAUUAUCACUACAGUUAUUCCGUGGUGAGAGGGUGUGACAGAAUCGUCCCAGUGGAUAUCUACGUGCCUGGAUGCCCGCCUACGAGCGAAGCUUUGAUGUACGGCAUUUUCCAGCUGCAGAAGAAGAUGAGACAUACCAGAAUCACGAGACUGUGGUACAGGAAGUAGAUUCCAAGGGCGAUUGUUGAUCAGCACUUCGAUUUUGCUGUGCGCGGCGUUUGUAUUGCAGGAGACAUCAUACCCUGCUCGACUUAUUCGUACUGCAUGAAAUACGUACAGAAAUGACAAGGACGUUGGCUUCCUGA